AUGACUACUCUAUUACGUUUACAUUCAUCUGCUGAAGAUUUAAGCAAAGAUUAUUUAACACCAUAUCGUGCCUCAACAAUAAUGACCAGUAUUGGUAUACAAGAAUUACCAUGUGAAGAACUUGAAUAUAAUUUUUUAAUUGAUAUUUUACAAGAACUUCAAAAUAGUGUUAUACGAAAGCCAGAGAAUUUUAAUAAUCUUCAUUUUCUUCUUCUUUUAUUAUAUGAUUCUCAUGGUUAUUCACGUGAUCGUUAUCCAUUAUGGCGUUGGUAUCAUCGUAUAAAAAAAAAACUUCUUACAUCUAGACAUAUAACUAUUGAUACAGAUGAUUCUCGUCAACAUAUUUUAACUGCAUUAGAAUCUUUAAUUGAUACAACUUCAACAAUAUCGACAUUAAUUGAAGAAGGUGUUCAAUUAGAAGAUCAUUAUCUUCAUUCACCAGUUCAUGGUCUAUUUAAAUUCUAUACACCUUUACAUACAUAUUUAUAUUUAGAACAAUUGGAUAAACCAAUUAUAAAUAAUAAUUCUAAAAUAUAUAAUUUAUUUCAACUAUCAAUUAAAACAUUAUAUCGAAAUGAAUAUUGUGAUUUAAUACAUUUUUCAAUUGCACAUAGAAAAAUUGAUUUAAUUAAAAAAAUAUUCGAUGAAAAAGUCAAUUGGUUAGAUAUAUCAAUGAAUUUAACAACGAAACGUGGAUGGUUACCAUUACAUUAUGCAUCGUAUGUUGGUGAUAAAGAUAUUGUUAAAACAAUAUGUGAUACAUUAACAUCACCAACAUCAACAAUACAAUUUGAUCCAAUAUCAUUAUUAAUACCCAAUUUUAGACAUAAAUAUUUUGAUAUGAAUCCAAAUGAAUAUAUACUUAAAACAUGCGGUGUUGAACAUGAUACACAUACGGAACAAGAACGAAGAUCUUCUCGUACACAUUCAUCAAUGAUGGAUAAACGUCAAAGUACAUUAACAGAUCAAUAUUUUCAACAAAAAUUUCGUUCAAAUACAGAUGCAAGAGAUCAACCAUCAUUAUCAGCCAGUAUAAUUAAUAGUAAUAGUAAUAUAACAAUGGCAAAUGAUAAUGAUAUACCUGAUGCUGAUGAACUUGAAUUAAGUUCAUUACCAUUAAUUCAACGUGAUGAAUUUAUUGAUAAAGUUUUACAUAUGUAUGAUACAAAACAAAUGCUUAUACCAUCACCACUUACACUUGCAUGUCUUGCAACAUGUGGAGAACGAAGUGAUUAUGAAGAUAUUGUUAAAAUUUUACUUGAAUCACAUCUUGUUGAAUAUGAUGGUUUAAAUCAUGAAUGUAUUCUUAAUCAUGUUCUUGAUUAUAUGCAUAGAAAAGAUUAUGGAUCAUUUCAACAUGUUCGAGUCUAUCGUGAUACAGAAACCGAAGGACCAUCAGCAUUUAUAUUCUAUCAAUUUGAUGGUUUUAUUGUUAAUCAAGAUGUCAAACCUCUUUCUGGUGCAUUAUCAGGUUCAUCAGCAACAUUAAAUACAUCAAAAAAUGAUGAAUCAGGUGGAUCGGAUGAUGGUCAUGCAUUAGAAGUACCAAUAAGUGUUCGUUGUUUUUUAACAGUUUUAGUUUUACGUGAUAUAUUUCUUCAAUAUCCACGUUGGGAUUUUCAUUUAUUACGUGAAAAUAUUGAAGAUCAUUUUUCUGAAUUAGAAAAUGCACUUGGUUGUCGACCAACCAUACUCUAUCCUGAUGGUGAUAUAAUAUCAUCACGUAAACGUAGUGAUGUAACAUGGGAAGUUAUUGUUAAAUAUCGUUUAAGUUCCGAAACAGGUCAAUCAUUAUUUAUGCAAGUUGAUUAUUAUUUUUUUGAAUCAUUUGGUGAUCCAUUUGCUGAUGCAUUAGUUAAUGUUUAUCAAACACCAUUCUAUAUAUCAUGUAUGACAGAUUCAACAGUUAUGAUGGAUACAAUAUUUGAUUCAUUUUUUAAACGUCGACAUCUUCAUUGUUGGGGUACAAUUGCACAUAAACAUUUAGAACAUUGUUUUGAUGGUGUUUUACAAAUAAAAAAUAAUUGUACAACAUUUUUAUCUUUAUGUACAGCAUUAAGUCAUUAUUAUCAAUUAGAUGGUGAUCCAUUUAUAGAAGAAAAUUCUGCGACAAUUCAACGAAUAUUUGUUCAUGCAUUUGCUUGUUGUGUACGACGUAAUGCUAAAAUUGAACUUGAUUAUUUAAUUAAAAAUCAUGCAUUAAUCUAUUAUGAUUCAUGUCGUACAAAACCAAGUGAUAUUCGACAUAAUAUAUUAACUUAUUGUGUUGUAAGAAAUUUAUCUGUUGUAUUUGAUCAACUAAUGACAAAUAUGAAAACAACAAUGUAUAAAACAUAUCAAAAUUCAACAAAUCCAGAUUGGCAACCACAUAUUGCAUGGAGAGAAAUUAUUCAUGUUAUUAUUGAUCCUGUUUUACAACAACAACAACAAAAUAAUAAUACCAAUGAACAAAAUGAUUUUGUUCAAUUAGCUUGUUAUGGUGAUACAAAUACAAAUUUUGCAUCAAUUGGUAGUAUACCUGUACUUCAUACAACUGGUGAAGAAUAUAUUCGUUGUAUUAAUGCAAGAAAAAAUAUUAUUUUAAAAGCAAAACGAAAAUUACCACGUGCAUCAAGUGAUGUUAAUAGUAAACGACCAAUGGCACGUCGAAUGAAUAGUCUUGAUCAACAACAAAUUAAAGAAGCUAUUCGUCAUUCAGAAGGUGUUCGAACAAAUAAUAUUAAUGGAAUAUCAAAUGCUGGAACUAUUAGCAAUAGUUCCGGACGAGGAACAAAUGGAAGUUUAUCAAAAAAAUCUCGAAAGAUUUUUAAAAAUGUGAAUAAAUUUCGUUGGGGUGGUAAAAAUGAACAACAAAAUUCAGUUGGAACAACAAAUCCACAACAACAACAACAACGAAAUACUAAAUAUGUUACUUCACCUACAAUAACAUCUGUACUUGAUGAACUAUCAGCACAUGCAGAUGCUGUCAGUCUACCUGAUGUCAAUGAUACAGAUUCGAGUGAUGGUGUAGAAAAUUCAGAAUUACAAGAAGUAGUUUGUUCAGCAACACCUAUUUUAAAUCCUUCAAUGAAACUUCAACGUCGUCAAACAAUUGAUACAGCACAAAGUCGACAAUAUUCAUCGCGUCGAACAGCUUUACAACAUUUACAAGCAAUGUUUCGAUCAAAUCGAGGACGAAAUAAAACAUUAUCAGAAAGUGAACAAGAACAAAUAUCAAUGUUAAAUGAAAAACAUACGAAAACUUUACAACGAACAGACAGUCUUUAUGAUAAUAGUCUAACACCAAAAUUACCAAAUUCAAAUGAACAACGAAAACAACAUCGUAUACAACGACGUUCGGAUACUAUAGCUAUUGUAUAG